AUGCUCGCUGCCGCCGUAGACCCCCACAUCAACUCGUUCAACACCAUCUUCACUCCCGGCGGUCAACUAGCCCAGGGCAUACGAGACAUUGGCACCAAGAUCUUCCUCGACGGCGACCCAUACGCAGCACCUGAAGACGCAGGCCAGAGAAAUCGUCUCUCGUUGCGCAUCCAAGAUGUCUUCCUCGACAAGCCAGUCCUGCCGCCGACCAACAAGGUUGCGCUCAAGAACCGAAACAUUUAUCCCGCCGAGGCCCGAGAACGACAUGCUUCCUACCGCGGCAAGAUGCGCGCACGACUCGAGUGGAGGGUCAACAACGGAGAUUGGCAGGAGGACGUCGUUGAUCUCGGCGGUGUACCCGUCAUGCUGAGAUCAAACCGCUGCCAGCUCGAAGGCAUGUCGCCAGCGGCAUUAGUAAAGGCGAAAGAAGAGUCCGACGAGCUAGGUGGCUACUUCAUCGUCAACGGCAUUGAGAAGAUUAUCCGUCUCCUCCAGGUCAAUCGUCGCAACUACCCCAUGGCCAUCAAGCGUGGCGCCUUCACCAAUCGUGGUCCCGGUUACACCCAGUUCGGUAUCCAGCUCAGAUCGAUGCGACCCGACCAAACUUCGCAAACCAAUGCCCUGCACUACCUCAGCGACGGCAACGUAAACUUCCGUUUCUCAUGGCGCAAGGCGGAAUACCUGGUCCCCAUCGUCAUGGUGAUGAAGGCUUUGGUCGAGACCAACGAUCGCGAGAUUUUCGAGGGUCUGGUUGGUGCAGCUGGCUCAGAAGGUCUUGAAGAGAAGCAAUUCGUUACCGACCGAGUAGAGCUGCUACUCCGUACAUACAAGGUCUACGGGUUGCACACAAAAGCCAAGACUCGCGCCUAUCUUGGUGGAAAGUUCAAGGUUGUACUUGGUCUGCCCGCCGACGUCACCGACGAGGAGGCUGGUACUGAAUUCCUUCGCAAGAUCGUUCUACCCCAUCUAGGCUGCGUAAAUGUUACACCGAGCCAGGACGCCGACAAGUUCAGGAUGCUGUUAUUCAUGGCUAGGAAGCUCUACGCUUUGGUCGAAGGCGAUUGCGCUGUCGACAACCCGGAUGCGGUCCAGAACCAGGAAAUCCUACUAGGUGGACAGCUCUACGGCAUGAUCUUGAAGGAGAAGUUGGAGGAGUGGCUAAACAGCUUCCAGCUCGUCCUGAGGGAGUGGUGCAGGAAGACAGAAUACAAGCCCUUCACGUCUCAAGAAUUCACAAAGGAUUGGAACUCUAGGAUUCUUCGACGGACACAAUCUAAUCUCGGUCAAGCUAUGGAGUAUUUCCUCAGUACGGGCAACCUUAUCAGUCCGACAGGUCUCGACUUGCAGCAAACAUCUGGAUACGUCGUGGUUGCCGAGAAAUUGAAUUUCCCUCGAUUCAUCUCACAUUUCCGAAUGGUACAUAGAGGUGCCUUCUUCGCUCAGCUCAAGACAACAACUGUCCGAAAGCUGCUUCCUGAGUCGUGGGGAUUCAUGUGCCCUGUGCAUACUCCUGACGGUAGUCCCUGCGGACUUCUCAACCACUUCGCGCACAAGUGCAAGUUAGCAACUUCCAACCUCGAUGUCUCGGCAAUUCCCAAUCUUGUUGCACAACUGGGUGUAUCGAGCAAAUCAUCCGCCUCUCUAGAAGCGAGUGUGGUCGUGCAACUGGAUGGUCGGGUCCUGGGAUUCUGCUCGCCCAAGCAAGCCAAGGUCAUCGCGGAUACGCUUCGUUACUGGAAGGUCGAAGGCUCGCAUAACGUGCCAUUGGAGAUGGAGAUUGGCUACAUCCCCGGAUCUAACGGAGGUCAGUACCCAGGUGUCUACAUGUUCUCGCAAAGUUCGCGAAUGUACAGACCUGUCAAGUACCUGCCUCUCGGCAAGACAGACUACGUGGGACCGUUCGAACAACCAUACAUGUCGAUUGCAUGCACAGAUGCCGAGAUUGUAUCUGGUGAUUCGACGCAUGUCGAGAUUGAGCCCACGAACAUCUUCAGCAUCAUUGCCAAUCAAACACCCUUCUCGGAUUUCAACCAGUCGCCGCGUAAUAUGUACCAGUGCCAAAUGGGUAAACAAUCGAUGGGUACACCAGGAACUGCUACUGCAUACCGAACCGACAACAAAACCUACCGCCUACAGACCGGCCAAACCCCGAUCGCCCGGCCUCCAUUGCACAACGAGUACGGUAUGGACAACUUCCCGAACGGAAUGAACGCCGUUGUAGCUGUCAUCUCCUACACUGGAUACGACAUGGACGACGCUAUGAUCUUGAACAAGUCAUCACACGAGCGCGGCUUCGGCCACGGAACUGUCUACAAGACAAAGAUCUGCGACCUCGAGGAAGGUAGCCGAAGGAAUCGAUCAAGCAGGACAGUGACCAAGCUGUUCGGCUUUGCUCCUGAGGGUUUAGUCAAGGCCGCAUCCAAGGAAACUCUUGAUGAAGAUGGUCUCCCUCGUAUUGGAACGAUGCUGCGAUCUGGCGAUGUCAUUGCUGCAUGGCACACCGUUUCGUAUGACCCGGCUACCGGCGACUACGUCAACCGAGACGGUCAGACACAGUACUUCAAAUACAAGGACGAUGAACUCGCUUUCGUCGAAGAAGUCCGCAUCAUCGGCGCCGAGGAUGGAGCACAGCCUUGCCAGAAACUCAGUAUCAAACUACGCAUUCCUCGAUCUCCUGUUGUUGGUGACAAGUUCUCGUCCAGACAUGGACAGAAGGGUGUCGUCAGUCAAAAAUUCCCCACGCCAGACAUGCCAUUCUCCGAAAGUGGUAUGCAGCCCGACGUCAUUAUCAACCCUCACGCUUUCCCCUCGCGAAUGACAAUCGGCAUGUUCGUCGAGUCGCUAGCUGGAAAGUCUGGAGCGCUUCACGGCAUGGCACAGGAUUCGACGCCCUUCCGCUUUGAUGAGCAGAACACGGCUGUCGACUACUUCGGUCAUCAGCUAUCGAAAGCGGGUUACAAUUACUACGGCAACGAGCCUAUGUACUCGGGUAUCACUGGACAGGAAUUGCACGCAGACAUCUACAUUGGCGUCGUUUACUACCAACGUCUACGACACAUGGUCAACGACAAGUUCCAAGCCAGAACUACUGGUCCCGUGGUAUCCACGACAGGACAGCCCAUCAAGGGAAGAAGCAAGGGAGGUGGUAUCCGUGUCGGAGAGAUGGAACGCGAUUCUCUACUUGCCCACGGCACAGCCUUCCUUCUUCAAGACCGCUUGAUGAACUGCUCCGAUUACACCAAAGCAGCCAUCUGCCGUACCUGCGGCUCUUUCCUCAGCACAACUCCUACCGUCAACGAGUACGGCCGCAAAAAGGACAGGAGCGGCAAGGACAUUACGAUCCGCUGCAGGAGGUGUGCCGUGUUGGCCGACAACAACAGCAGCAAGGCCGAUCUGUGGAUGGAUGCACAGGGUCUGCGAUACUCUGGCGGCGAAGACGUUGCCGUGGUCGCGGUCCCUGGUGUGCUCAAGUUCCUUGAUAUUGAGUUGGCCAGCAUGGGUGUCAGACUCAAGUUCAACGUCGGGCCAUGA